GUAUAUAUUAAGGUCACUUGGUGCGCUAGAUGUGUGCUCUCACGCGGCAGUACUUAUAUCUAUGAGUGCGUGUAUUCGCAUAAUAUUAGUUUACCAAAAUAGCAGAUAUCAAUUUACUAGCUGCACCCCGGGACUUCGCCCCCGUGGGGAUUUCGGGAUAAAUAUAUUUGCAUUAACCAACAAAAAUUUAAACAAUCUUCACAGUGUACCUACUAAAAAAUUGCUUUAAAAUCAUAAACAGAAAAUAUGACAGACGGAAAUUUAAAGAAAUGUCUGAAUCAUGAAUUUUGUAAGUACUCGUAACAGUACCUACUAAUUCCAUGUGGCAACUAGCAUUUCUUUGCUUUUCCCCUUCUACCAGGACCAGACGGAAACGGUUUAGCCAGACCAUGGAAUUAGUGGGUACUCCGUAGUACUUACUAUCCAUGUUUACAACAUUAAAACUAGAGCUUUCGUCAAUUGACUUCUUAUUUAUUGUAACCCGGGUCAUUCACGACCCGUAAGCGUGGUGAUCGAGUCUAAAUGAUUCGAUCAUUCAGAGAUCUCGAUCACUUUGAAACUAUACCUCGUGGAUUAAUGGAUUUGGGUUCUAUUGUAUGAUUGACUCGAUUCCAAAAUUCACGUAGGUAUCCAAUCAAUGCAGGUGUCGCAUACGCACUCGCGGGCCGCGCAACUGAUCAAAUUAGAAAUCCAAUCUAAACAAAUUUUAGGUAUAGGUGUAGCGUAUCGCGAGCGAACUGAACCCGAGAACGAGCGAUUGACAUAUCUACUUAUCUCUCUUCCGCAUGCUAUCGAACGAAAAAGACUGACAUUGUUGUGAAAGUGAGAAUCUUUUAGAAAUUCGUGACUCGAUCACGGAAAGUGAUCGAAUCAUUACAACUCGAUCAAUCACGAUCGACUCAGCUCUAAUUAAAACACCUUAGGUGCUCUUGCUUGACAGGGACUACUAUAACCCUAGCUUUUUUGAAAGACAACAAUGAUCAGUAGGUUGUUCCUUCAAAGUAACUUUUAUAGGAAAUACAAAAUGGAGGGAUAAGGAUAAACCAUGGAAUUAGUAGGUACUCGUUGUACAAACGACUUAUUAAAUUCAUGGUUUAGGUCUGUGUCUGUGGGUUUACGGACGAAUCACGUUCUAGAGGUCAAACUAAUGUCUAUGUCAAAAGAAGUAUUAAAAAAUAAUACAUAACGUCAAUGUCAUUAUUUUUACAUCAAAACAUAAACAAACGUGUAUAAAUGGUAUAACCUACAAAACAGAAAAUAGUAAACAAGAAGUCGGUUUAAAGUAUUGUUUCUCUUAAAUUUUAUCAUUAAUCAUUUCUCAACUCAUUGCGACCUCUUUUUGUAUUGGUUUUCUUUGUACACUUCAAUAUCUUCAAUAACUAUGGCCAGCGAGGAACAUAAAUUACUCGCGGAAUUUUUAAAAGAAGUUCACUCGUCUCUUCGUAAAUCAUCUUUACAAUAUGGAGCUGAGGAAGCAUGGAGGAAGCAUUGUCAAAAUAAAGACGUUUUGGCAAAGUAUGCUCAAUGUAUGCAGAAAUUAGCAACAAAACACUGGGAUGUAAAUUAUGCUAAUGAUGUGACAGCUACAUCACGUAUUUCGUGGGCUACACAAAUGUGUUGCGACUAUUUUUUCAAUAAAACUUAUCUCAAGUACAGGCAAAAAGAAAUUGAAAUUGCGGAAAAACUAGACAUUUCUUUAAGCGAGCAAGAGUUGUUCACAACACCAUUAGAGCUUAUAGAUGUUGGUAGUUGUUACAACCCUUUCAGAAUCUAUGAUUUUUUCAAAGUAUUUGCUAUUGAUUUAUGCCCGUCAAAUGAUUCAGUUUUACAAUGUGACUUUCUACAGGUUCCUGUUGGAAAUACCAAUAUUAUUAAAGACAAUAAAGCUAUUCAAUUGAAAUAUAAUUUCUUCGAUGUAGUAACAUUUUGUUUCCUCUUGGAGUACUUACCCAGUUCUGAAUUUAGGAUAAGAGCUUGUGAGAAAGCUUAUGAUAUACUGAAAGCUGGUGGGCUCCUUAUCAUCAAUACUCCAGAUUCAAAACAUGUUGGAGCAAAUUGCAAAAUAAUGAAAUGUUGGAGGUAUACUUUAGCAUGUAUAGGAUUUACAAGAAUUAAAUAUGAAAAGUUAAAGCACAUGCAUUGUAUGGCUUUUAGGAAGGCUAUGAAUAAGGAUACUGCAGUACGAUGGGCCACAUUGUGUAAAGAACCAUAUAUGACAUAUUCUCUGAACAUACCACAAGACUUUCAAAGAGAUAAAGAUGACAAAUUACUUUUAGCAGAAGAAGUGGAACCUUCUCCUGAUGAUUUCACUGAACUUCCAUUUUCAAUUUAAGAUUUUCAUUAUACACACUUCCACAAUGUCAUUAUCUAGUUAUAAAUUAUACUAUGUGUAAGUGAAUAGUUGUAAUAUUUGUACAUUUAAUUAAAAUUACAAAUAAAAUGUGUACAAAUAA